AUGCAGUCCCCGGCCUCCUCUACCGCCACUGCGCUAUCUCGGCUUAGGAAAGAGCUAAAGGCUUCUAUUAAGGAACCGGAAAAUGAAACCUACCUGUACCUCCGACCGGUCGAGGAAGAUGACCUACUACUCUGGGAAGCCGUAUUGAAGGGGCCAGAUGAUACGCCAUACGAGGGUGGACUUUGGCGCCUUCGCAUUGCAAUCCCGCCAGAAUACCCCAAGAAGCCGCCGACCAUCCACUUCGCGACUAAGAUAAUCCACCCGAACAUCGACUUCGAGAAGGGCACGAUCUGUUUUUCGCUCUUGGAUGACGAUUGGUCUCCGGCUAUGACUCUCGAGACCACACUCAAGGCUAUUCAGAGGCUGUUGACGUAUCCGAAUCCGGAUUCGCCGCUAAAUGUUGAGAUCUCGGUUCUGCUGCGUAAAGGGGAUAUGGCUGGUUAUGAGAGUGUUAUCCGGUACUUGACCGAGGAGAUGCGGUUGGAAGAAGGUUGGAAUCUUGCACGGUGA